GUAACACUGGUAGAUGAGUUCAGAAAAUAUGAUCAUUAUUGUCUCUCUGUACAGGAAGAUAGUGAGAAGACGGGCAAAGCAACAUCUGCAGGGAUGUAUUUUCUGCAUUUUCAAGUAUAUAGAAUGGAUUCAACUUUGAAUGCGUUGGCAAUGGCAAAGGACCCUGAAGCUGCUUUUUUCAAGAGGUUGGAAGGUCUUCAACCUUGUGAGGUCUCAGAACUAAAAGCUGGCACUCAUAUAUUCGCUGUUUAUGGAGAUAAUUUUUUUAAGACUGCUACCUAUACAAUCGAGGCACUUUGUGUAAAGUCAUACGAGGAUACGACGCAGAAGCUUAAAGAGAUUGAGGGUCAGAUUUUAAGAAAGAGAAAUGAGCUUCGCCAAUUUGAAACAGAGUACAGGAAGGCAUUGGCGCGCUUUCAAGAAGUGACCAACAGAUACACCCAGGAAAAGCAAUCUGUGGAUGAGCUGCUGAAACAGAGAGACAGUAUCCAUUCUUCUUUCACUAUCACCAAGACAAUCAAUAAUAGUGUGGGUGGUAGCGGUUUGAGUAAUGGUAGCAGUAGCAAAAAUCCUGGCGAAGAUUCAAAUGCAGAGAGCCCAGGGGAAGAUGGAGGCUCUGACGGGAAGGACAAGUCAGGCAAAAAGAAAUGGUUCAAUCUUAACCUCAAAGGAUCAGAUAAAAAACUUGGCUGAAAAGAUGUCUUUAUUUAUUUUUAUUAUUUGCGAGGUUUCAAUAUCCAUCCACGCCUUUUGCU